AUGUUUACUAUCCCCGCCAUCCCCCCACUCUCCCACUGCAUUCUCCUUUGGGGGCUUGUGCCCGCGCUAAGGAUGGCGAUCGAGCGCUUGCUCCGACACGUCUUUGGCGUAGAGGAGCUUCGGCACCCCGAAACCAUUGUCGUCGUCGUACUCGUCGCGAGGUGGUUGACCGAUUACAUUGUGGAUUUCAUCCGCACUGUCAUCGAGUUCAUCUAUCUCGCACCUUAG